AUGGAGGCGGUGGGGCGCAGCGGCUUCCAGCCCCACGCCGGCCUGCAGAAGACGCUGGAGCAGUUCCACCUGAGCUCCAUGAGCUCGCUGGGCGGGCCGGCCGCCUUCUCGGCGCGCUGGGCGCAGGAGCUGUACAAGCGCGAGCGGGCCAAGGAGCCGUCCGAGGCGGGCCCGCCGCUGCCCCCCAUCCAGCCGCCGGCCGUCAUGCCGGCGCCCUUCUUCAUGCCCUCGGACCGCUCCACGGAGCGCUGCGAGACGGUGCUGGAGGGCGAGACCAUCUCGUGCUUCGUGGUGGGCGGCGAGAAGCGCCUGUGCCUGCCCCAGAUCCUCAACUCGGUGCUGCGCGACUUCUCGCUGCAGCAGAUCAACGCCGUGUGCGACGAGCUGCACGUGUACUGCUCGCGCUGCACGGCCGACCAGCUGGAGAUCCUGAAGGUCAUGGGCAUCCUGCCCUUCUCGGCGCCCUCCUGCGGCCUCAUCACCAAGACGGACGCCGAGCGCCUGUGCAACGCCCUGCUCUACGGCGGCGCCUACCCGCCCCGCUGCAAGAAGGAGCUGCCCCCCGGCCCCGCCGGACCCCCCGGCCCGGGCGGCCCCCCGCUGGAGCUGGAGCUGACGGCGCGCAGCUUCAAGGUGUACCACGAGUGCUUCGGCAAGUGCCAGGGGCUGCUGGUGCCCGAGCUGUACGCCAGCCCCGCCGCCGCCUGCAUCCAGUGCCUGGACUGCCGCCUCAUGUACCCGCCCCACAAGUUCGUCGUGCACUCGCACAAGGCCCUGGAGAACCGCACGUGCCACUGGGGCUUCGACUCGGCCAACUGGAGGGCCUACGUCCUCCUCAGCCAGGAUUACACCGGCAAGGAGGAGAAGGCCCGCCUCGCCCAGUGCCUCGACGACGUGAAGGAGAAGUUCGACUACGGCCACCGCUACAAGCGGAAGGCGCCCCGGGUCCCCUCCGAUCCACCUGCCCCCAAGAAACCCAAAGCAGAUGACUCCUCUUUGCAAUCUCCAGUAGCGGGUGAGAAGGAAAAACAGUCGAGUUGGUUGCGGUCCCUGUCCAAUUCAUCCAGCAAGAGCAUUGGCUGCAUACAUCCCCGACAGCGUCUUUCUGCGUUCCGGCCCUGGUCCCCCGCGGUUUCAGCGAGCGAGAAGGAGCUCUCGAAUCACAUCCCUGCCUUGAUCCGAGACAGCUUCUAUUCCUACAAAAGUUUCGAAAAUGCCGUGGCUCCUAACGUGGCCCUUGCUCCCCCCACUCAACCAAAGAUUGUAAGCAACCCCCCGAUCACCACCGGCGCGUCCCGGAGCAACGAGCCGCUGAACAGCCCCACCCAACCAAGGAAAAGGAAACAUGCCUCUGAAAACCCAGCCAUUCCUGAACCCGCACCCCUUGCCGCCACAACGCCCACCGCCCCUGCCGUCCCUGCCGCAGAAGAAGAUAAGGAGUCGGAAGCAGAAAUCGAAGUAGAAACUCGAGAGGAAUUCACCUCCUCGCUGUCUUCGCUCUCCUCCCCUUCCUUCACCUCUUCGAGCUCGGCCAAGGACAUGAGCUCCCCCAGCAUGCAAGCCCCUCCGGCCGUUGGCAGCGCCUUCGAGGCGGCUGGCCACGCCGAGCCCCAGGGCAGUGGCGGCGGUCUAGAGGCCGAACUGGAGCACCUCCGGCAGGCGCUAGAUGGCGGGUUGGACACGAAAGAAGCCAAAGAGAAGUUCCUCCACGAGGUCAUCAAGAUGCGAGUGAAGCAGGAAGAGAAACUCAAUGCAGCCUUGCAGGCCAAGCGCAGCCUACACCAGGAGCUGGAGUUCUUACGCGUGGCGAAGAAGGAGAAGCUGAGGGAAGCCACCGAGGCCAAGCGCAACCUAAGGAAGGAGAUUGAGCGCCUCCGAGCCGAGAACGAGAAGAAGAUGAAAGAGGCCAACGAGUCGCGGAUACGGCUAAAACGGGAACUGGAGCAAGCCAGACAGGUCCGGGUGUGCGACAAAGGGUGCGAAGCGGGCCGGCUGCGAGCCAAGUACUCCGCCCAGAUUGAAGAUCUGCAGGUAAAACUCCAGCAUGCCGAAGCGGAUCGGGAACAGCUACGCGCUGACCUGUUGCGUGAGAGGGAAGCGCGGGAACACUUGGAAAAAGUGGUCAAAGAACUUCAGGAGCAACUGUGGCCUAAGCAGAGCAAUCUGCCCAGCAGCGAACAUAUGGCAAAGGACCUGGAGAACUAAAGGC